UGAAAGCAUUUGUGUUGGUGGGCUUUAUUGGUAAAAAAAAAAUAAAAAUUAAAAAAAUUGAGCUUUGAAAUCGGGAACCCAAUGUACGGUGGCUCCGGGAAGAUGGGCCGCGGCGGCGGCGGCGGAGGCGGAAGCGGGAGGAAGAGGAGCAUUCACACGCCGUCUAGCAAUCGCCUUGCACCCGCCGGUCGUCCGUCAAUGGGCGGCGGCGGUGGUCGCGUCCCCGGCGGCGCAUCGACCUCCUCGCCGUCGACUUCCUCACGGCAGGUGGAGGAGAGUUUCAGCCUUGUCAGGGAGAAUAAUUUGAAUUUCGGUAUGGCGAUAAAACUUGCACCGGACCUCGUCGAGGAGAUCAAGCGCGUGGAGGCGCAAGGUGGCACGGCGCGCAUCAAGUUCGAUGCCAACUCUAACAAUCCUAAUGGAAAUGUAAUUCAUGUUGGAGAAAAAACCUUCAAGUUCACAUGGUCAAGGGAGCCAGGGGACUUUUGUGAUAUAUAUGAGGAACGCCGAAGUGGAGAAGAUGGAAAUGGCUUGCUUGUAGAAUCAGGAGCUACUUGGCGUAAGCUGAAUGUAGAAAGAGAAUUAGAUGAGUCAACCAAAAAUCAGGUCAAAAGGCGGUCUGAAGAAGCUGAACGUAAACUUAAAUCAAGACACAGAGUUCAAGUUUUAGACCCUAACAAUCCAUCAAUGCAGAAGCAGAUGAGGGAUCUUGUUGUUGCUGAAACUAAUAAUACAUGGAGAAAUUUCAAGCACAGGAAAGAACCUCCUUUCAAAAAGCCGAAAUCUGAACCACCAUCAGCUGGUGGGCCUCCCAAGUCCGUCUUCAGAUCUGGUUUGUCUACAACCCCGUCAAAGGGUAAGCUUUCGUCUGUCUCUCCUUUGUCUUCCCAGCUGGAGCAAUUUGGUGGUCCAUCAUCCCCCCUGGCAGGUAGCAGUUUUGUGAAGGGACAGGCCGGUGUACCCGAUACACUCACUCAAAACACAAAUAGACCUGCCAGUGCUGACAAAGAAACGCAGAGCAGAAUAGCAGGUAAUGCCACCCGCGACAAAUCUAAACACAAUCAGAACAUGGCGACUAAUCCUGCUGAUUUGAGAAAUCUGAUGAUUUCCUUACUUUUGGAGAACCAGCACAAGGGUAUGAACUUAAAGGCCUUGGAGAAAGCCAUUGGAGAUGCUAUGCCCAGUUCAGUUCGGCAAAUCGAGCCUAUUUUAAAACAAAUUGCAACUUUUCAAGCUCCAGGAAAAUAUUUCUUGAAACCUGGAGUGGAGAUGGACAGCUUGAAGAAGGGUCCCCCUCAAAGUGCUAGCUCCCCAGAAAUCAAUCAUGAGCAAUCACCAGCACCCCAGAAACAUAAUCAAACUUCUGCUCAAGAUCCUAGCUUCUCCAUGAGGACGGCUGCAAAUGAUGAAGAAAAGGGUGAAUUGAAUUCUACCCCUGUACACACCAUGGACGAUGUAGAAAAAAUUGAUAUACUACAGAAUUCACCAGAACAGUUUAGUGACAAAAAACUUUCUGACCAUAGUGAAGGGGUUGCGGGCAGCUCUAGUGACAAUGGAAGUGACAGCGAGAGCGACAGUGACAGUGACAGUAGUAACAGUGGCAGCGAGAAUGGUAGUCCUAGCAAGAGCAAGAGUAAAAGUCAAAGUCCAGUGGAAAGUCGGAGUGGAAGUAGUGGGAGCAGUAGUGAUAGUGACAGUGAUGCAUCAUCUAGUAGCAAGCAGGCAUCUGACGAGGAUGUAGAUAUCAUGACAAGUGAUGAUGAAAAAGACUCCAAGGAUAAAUUGGGAGAUUAUGAUCCUCCCCAACCGAAUUCUCCUGUACCAUCAUGCCACCCUGACAAUGAAUUUGUUGAUAUUGAGAAUCUUGAAAAGCAGGACGAUCAUGAUUCUAAUGUGGAUGUGGUCGAUUCUCCUAGGAACUCACCUGAAGAUGACCACCGUGCUGAGAAACCAGCAACUAUGUAUCCAUUUCCUAGUGAAGAAGGUGAAGUACCUGUUGAAGAGAUCAAACUUUCAGUAGCUGGUAACAAUGGACUACAAGAAAGACAAACCUCUGACAUAUCUGAAGUUGCAGUUAAAGAUGGAUUUAAGGAAGGUCGAUAUGGUGCCCAUGAAGGAUUGUCAAAGCCCAAAUCUAGAAGACACAUUGAUGAUAAGCAAUUUGAUGAGAAGGCUCACAAUAGAAAGAAGUCGAAGAAGAACAAACCAAGCUUACCAGUCUCUGGGACUAUCAGCUCUAUUUUUGGUGAGAGCCCUGAGAACUCAUCCCCUGAUAGGCCUCUGGAAGGUUCGGAGGAAGGACUCAUUGAUCAAACUGUGACUGGAACAACUGGGGAUGCUACUGACAAUCUCAAUUUGCAAACAGGGGUCAAACAAGUGCUUCCUGCUGGGUCUGUAUCUGAUUCUCAGGAGCCACAUCACAAAACAUUUGAAUCGCAUGUGCGCAAUGAGCUCAGUUCUGGAGAAAAAAGACCCACUAGACGCUACAGCUUGGAUCAUGUUAGACACCCUGAAAGAAGCCUUGAGGGUUUUCGAACACAUAAAGUUGGUAAUGCAGAAGCACUAGGUGAAGAUAAUUUAGUCAGUGAGAGAAAGCCAGUGAAAGUCAGUGCUGAGGGUGUUGGAGAUAGACAUGGGACCUCAACAAAACCCCAUUUCCGAAAAACUGAUAAUUCAGGGAGGGUAGAGGAGGCUGUUGUUCAUUCUAAUGUGCAGAUGGGGAAUUUUCACAAGGAAAAUGAUACAAGUAAUCAACGUAGAUCUCCCCUUAUGAAUGGCAAGGGUGGAAUGCUUCGACGAGAGUAUUCUGACCUGGAGUUAGGUGAAUUUCGAGAGCCCCCAAAUGAGGUGACACCCGGGCUUAAGAAGCAAUAUGAGAUGAAAAGGUCUGAUAAACAUUUGAAAAGCACACAAAUGGAUUCUGAAUGUUUGGAGUCAGAAUUCAGUAAGGGAAAACCACCCAAUGCGAUGUCUGCGGAUUCAGGAAAAUUUAUUACACCAGAUCCAGAAGGCUCUCAGAUUCCAGAUGGAGCAUCUAGAAAGAAGGCUCCUGAAAAUCACAUUGAUGAUUUUACAAGAACUCGGCAAAAGGGUAGCCGACCUAUGCACCAGUUUAAUCAAUCCCGGGGAGAUCACGCCGAGGCAAGUUCCCAGAACAAUAAAGCUUUAGAAAUUAAUGGCAAAAAUAGAUCUGUUGAAGCUGGAACAGGUCAAGGGGGGAGCUUCGAUGGCCCUGGGGUUGCUUCUGGGAAAGUGCAUGUUAAAUCUUCCGAGCAGAAGCAGCAUGAUCCUCUUAGAGGAGCUGGUCACCGCACAGCUAAAGGAUCCAAGAAGCAGAAGUCCAAUUUGGUGAAUGGCUCUAAUGAUAGGCGAAAUGAGACCUCUUCAUCAAGGAACUAUGAUGGCUCACAAAAAAGGAAAGAGUCCUCAUCAGAUGAGAGCUGUUCUCCAUACACCAAAUAUGAAAAGGAGGAGCCUGAACUCAAGGGCCCGAUAAAGGAUACUUCUCAGUACCAAGAAUAUGUGAAUGAGUAUCAAGAGAAGUAUGAAGACUACUGCUCCUUGAACAAAAUCUUGGAGUCAAACAGGAAUGAGUUUCUUAAGUACGGGAGGGAUAUGGAGGCUUGCAAAGGCAGGGAUACGAAGAGAUAUAAUGAGAUCGUGGAGCAGAUGAGGGCAUCUUUUCGCCAAUGUGGGGAGAGACAUCAACGGCUGAAGAAAAUUUAUAAUGUGCUUCAUGAAGAAUUGAAGCAUCAGAAAGAAAUGAUUAAAGAUUUUGCUGCUGCAUACAGAAGAGGAGAACGGGCUUCUUGAAUAUUAUUGCUCGUUGGGGUACAUAUCUAUCUAAUCUUGUCGCAAAAUUUAUUGUCUGUUGUCUGUUGAUUGUGGGUUCAAGAUCCACAAAGGUGGCUUGUUUGUUUAUGUAAUAUGGAAACGUGAAAACUAAAGUAAAUUUGUAUAUAUGUGACUGUAAAAUAUCGAUUUUCUAUGUUUUUUGUGGUA